AUUGUCGGUUCUUCCACUUUAUUCAAAUAUUAAAAGCAGCCGUAGCAUUUCUAGGCACAUAGUUACUGCUUCCUCUCCGCAAUACCACAAACAUGGACCUCCGUGAAUCGAUCGGGAAUCAAAACGCCGUCACUUUGGGCCUUUCCAAGCAUGUGCUCUUAACCGAAGCCAAAACCUCUAAUUCAGUGUUGUCGCCGCUGUCUAUCCAGGUGGUGCUUGGCCUCAUUGCUGCUGGAUCUAAGGGUCCUACCCUCCAUCAAUUGCUUUCUUUCCUCAACUCCAAGUCCAAUGACCACCUCAGCUCUUUCUUCUCCGAACUCGUUUCUGUGGUUUUUGUGGACGGAAGUGCCAGCGGUGGUCCACGCUUGUCAUUCGCCAACGGCGUUUGGGUGGACAGGUCACUCUUACUUAAGCCCUCUUUCAAACAGGUUGUGGAAAAUGUCUAUAAGGCUGCUUCUAAUCAAGUUGAUUUCCAAAACAAGGCUGUUGAAGUGACUAAUGAAGUAAAUGCAUGGGCGGAGAAGGAGACUAGUGGCCUUAUCAAAGAGGUUCUUCCUUUUGGAUCAGUUGACAAUACAACCAGGCUUAUAUUUGCAAAUGCACUUUACUUCAAAGGAGCUUGGAAUGAAAAAUUUAAUGCAUCAACUACAAAAGACUAUGAUUUUUACCUUUUGAAUGGUAGCUCGGUUCAUGUGUCCUUUAUGACUAGCAAGAAGAAGCAAUUUAUCUGUGCCUUUGAUGGUUUCAAAGUCCUAGGGCUUCCUUACAAACAAGGUGAAGCUAAACGCCAAUUCUCCAUGUACUUCUUCCUUCCAGAUGCGAAAAAUGGGCUGCCUGCUUUGGUGGAGAAAGUGGGUUCUGAUUCUGGGUUUUUAGAUCACCACCUUCCACAGCAAAAAGUGGAAGUGGGUGACUUCAGGAUUCCUAGGUUUAAGGUUUCCUUUGGAUUUGAAGCUUCCAAAACUCUAAAAGGAUUAGGACUGGUGUUGCCAUUCUCCGACAAAGGAGACUUGACAGAGAUGGUGGACUCCUCCAUUAGUCAGAACCUGUAUGUUUCAAGCAUAUUCCAUAAAUCCUUCAUCGAAGUAAAUGAAGAAGGCACAGAAGCUGCAGCGGCUUCUGCUGGUGUUGUAAACUUGGAAAGUCUUACGCUUGCUGAUAAACUGGACUUUGUAGCUGACCAUCCAUUCUUGUUCCUGAUCAGAGAAGACAUUAGUGGAAUGGUGCUGUUCAUUGGCCAGGUGCUUGAUCCCUCACAGGCCAAAUAAGCCUCAUGUACUGGAGAACACAUGUGAAGUAGAUAAAACAUAAACAUAAAGGUGUCUUGUUAACUCAUGUCUGGUUGAUGUAUUGUAUUUUGCUGUUCCGAUGGUAACUUGGGAAUUGUUUACGGCGAGGCGUUAAUAUUUGUGUAAUUACCCUUGCUAGAGUGAAAUUCCCACCUUGUUCUGAAGUAAAGUACUAUUUUAUUUUUUAUUA